CAAUGGUGAAAACUGAAGCUUUGUUUUCAUUGUUAAAUAUUUAAUGUUGCAGCAGUUGAAAUGAGUUUACAGGAUGAACAUUGGUCUACAGUGCGCAUACUACAGGGUUGGGUCUGCGCUGUUCUGUUCCUGUCCUGGAUAGAUUUUAACGCGGCCUGCUCUGAAAUCACGUGGGCUGAUAGACGGUAUUUUAUUCGCCCGGAUGUUGAUCUGUCUGAAUUCCAAAAGUGCAAGAAGGACAGCCAAGCAUUGUCUGAUGAAUUUGGGAACAUGUUCUGCAUGUCACACGGAGUAACCCAUCCGGACCAUCUUCAGAACGCCAUGUGUGCUGACGAUGGAGCAGUAUCUCCCUUUUCACAAUCCCGUCAUAUGGUUCUUCCUCCAGAUUUUGAAUACAAUUUGAAUCCAUAUUAUGGCCAACCUUAUGGUCCCAUUCAUGGUCCUUAUCAUAAACCUUAUCAUGGUCCUUUCUAUCCUCCUUAUCAUAGACCUAUUUAUGGUCCAUACAAUGGUCCCAGUUAUGGCCCUUUUCCUAACCCCAACUAUGGACCAGUACCACAUGUUGAUUACAGUGCUCCCUAUGGCUCUCCUGGGUUUCCUCCCGUUCCACCUUUCCCAGUCUACGGAUCUGAAAAGGACUUAAUUACAAGAAAUUUUUUACCUCCAACAGUUGAAGAACUAGAAAAUGCGAAAAAGGAAAAACUUAAAGAUUUAUCAAAUUUAACCGCUUCAACUGUAAUCUCAGUCACUACAACUACAACAGAAACAACAUCAAUAGUGGGAAAUGGAAAUAUUAUAGCUAAAGAAAUAAAAAGAGCUCCUCCCACGAAAAAAUCAAAAAAGGUUUCUUAA